AAUGAGCAGUGCACAUUCUUACCCAUGAAUCCUUGCAGAUGGCAUUUUCUGUUUUGCAUUAAAUUAACCUUAAGAGCUUUUUAAGAGAGUCAUUAGACUAGAGUGGAUGGAAGGCCAUGAUUGCAAGAGGUUGAAAAGUACUGCAUAGCAUUUUGUCUGCUGCUCCUUAUUUAAUAUCCAAUGUUAUCAUCCCUUUCUAAUUAUUAUUCAGACAGCAUGUUUGAUGGCCCCUCUCUGUUCAAGUCUUCACCAAUCCCCAGACGCCUCUUUGUAUUGAGGACUCAGAGAGAUGCGCCUCAUUGGUGCACAUGUGAAUCAGAGCAUGCUAACACUCAAAGAACAGACAGACACACUGGAGGAUGCUUGAGUAACACACCGUGAUCAUGCCAGCUUGCCACCUAUCACAAUGACAUCCAAGUAUGGAUAUGGAUCUUACGGUUUUGGGUUCGAUGUGGCUCCGAUUAGUUACAUGUGUCUUGUUUCUUCUUCUGCAGUGGACAGAAAGUUUAACACUUCUCCAGACCUCAACGCUCUGCCUGGACGAGCCCUGCCAAAACAGGGCAGAGUGCAGGGAAGCCCCAUCUGACGUCCUGUGCCAGUGUCAGUGGCCUGCACCAGUCCUGCCCAGCACGCGUUGUGAUUCUUCCAGUGCGCUCUGCCAACUGUCCAUCUGCCAGGGCAAUGCAACGUGUCAGCCCACCGGUGCCCACCCGGGGGAACUAGUUUGUCAGUGUGAGCCCGGCUUGUUGGGGCAGGAAUGUCAUUCUAGUGCCCAGCUCUGUGCUCAGGGGCUGUGUGGGGACAGUGCCCAAUGUCUAGCGGUGCAAGACAGGAACCCAGGGUAUGCAUGCAUCUGUCAAGAGGGUUACACCGGGAGUUUUUGCGAGAAAAAGGUGGACCAUUGCUCCCCCAACCCCUGCCGCAACCGUGCCAUCUGCCGCAGCAGAAGGGAAGGCCCCAGCUGCUUCUGCGUGCCGGGAUUCCAGGGUAAACACUGCGAGAUCGAGGUGAAUGAGUGCGUGUCAUGGCCCUGCAGAAAUGGAGCCACCUGUCAAGACAAGAUAGGGCACUACAUCUGUCUCUGCAGGCCAGGAUACACGGGUAGCAGCUGUGAGGUUCAGAUUGAUGAGUGUCAAUCACAGCCCUGUCUCCACGGCGGCAGUUGCCAUGACCACAUCAAUGGCUUCUCCUGCACCUGCCUGGCGGGCUUCCAGGGGGAGCUCUGUGAAACCAACAUCGAUGAAUGCAGCGACCAGCCAUGCCAAAAUGGGGCUCUGUGUGUGGAUGAAAUAAACAGCUACCGCUGUGACUGCUCACAAACUAACUUUACUGGUGUUCACUGUGAGAUCCCGCCUCCUCCCUGCUGGUCUCAACCCUGCCUCAACGGGGCCCUCUGUGAGGAUGGAAAUGGCAACUACACCUGCAACUGCUGGCCAGGUUUCGAGGGUCGUAACUGUGAGACAGAUGUCAGUGAGUGUGAUAGCAGUCCCUGUGUGAAUGAAGGCACUUGCAUUGAGUUCUCUUGGAAACCGCUUUAUGGCACAGAGUCCCUGCUUCCUACUCAAUACAACCCCAGGCAUGCUUCCGGCUUCAUCUGCAAGUGUCCACCACGAUUUUCAGGUGCCUUGUGCGAGCAAAAUACUACUGCUUGUACAACCAACCCGUGUCACAACAGAGCCACAUGUGAAGACUUCCUGAGCAGCUACAAGUGCAUCUGCCUGUCUGAAAGCCAAGAUGGAGUUCUCUACGGUGGACUCAAUUGUAGUGAGCCCCUGGUGGGUUGCGAGGGCCACGAGUGCCAGAAUGGGGCGGCCUGCAUGCCCUUCCUGAGCCAAGGUGUACAUGGCUACAGUUGCAUCUGUCAGCCGGGCUACACCGGUUCUUACUGCCAGACACCCACCGUAUUCUCCUUCGAGACAGUUGGAGGAUUCCUGCACCUGCAGACCCCGCUGCUGGGUGCGGAAACAUACUUUAAUAUCACCCUAAGCUUUCGCACAGUACUGAAGAACACAGUGCUCUUUCAGAGGGGCAGCGAAGGGGUCACCCUAAGCCUGGAGCUGCAGGAGACACACCUGCUUCUUGAUCUUAGGAGUGACCCUCAGCCAGACUCAACCAGCUGGACUCUGACACUGCCUAAGGAUGUAUCUGAUGGCGAAUGGCACACGGUAGAGGCCGUGCUUGGAGAGGGUACCCUGCUGCUACAACUACUGGAGCCAUGCCAGGAUGGAGAUAACUGUGGUGCAACAGCCCAAGUGGAGACCGGUGCCCUUGAGCUGGAGUCAGCCCUGCAAAGCACCUUUGUUGGAGGCUCGAAUGAAGGAGGGGGCUCUGGCUCAUUCAUUGGCUGCAUGAGAGACUUGUUUGUGGACUCGCAGCUGAUGGUACCGGAGGACUGGUUGAGCAGCUCAGUAGUAAAUGUCCUGCAAGGCUGUAGCCAUCAUGACAGAUGCCUUUCCGGUCCAUGCGAGAACCGUGGAAAGUGUGUUAACCUUUGGCAAGGUUACCAGUGCUCAUGUCUGCGACCGUAUGUGGGACAAAACUGUGCUGAGGAGUACAUUACUGCGAGAUUUGGCCAGGAAGACUCUGCAAGCUAUGCUGUCUUCACCAUCACCGAACAACUGGAAUCAGACGCACUUUAUCUAUCCAUGUUCUUGCGUACACGGAAGGAGUCUGGUAUUUUGGUACUGCUUGCCAACAGCACCACUGAGUACUUGCAGAUGUGGCUGGAAAAGGGAAAACUCAUAGUACAAGUCAACAACUUGACGACUUUAAUGGGUAGAACUGUGGUUAAUGAUGGUGAGAUCCAUUUUGUCGGCAUCACCAUUAAGGAGGGCACGAUGACUCUGCAGGAGUCAGAUCAUGAAUUCGGAGCAAUGAAUGUUCAACCUGUUUCCGUUCAGUUUGAGGAUGUGGUCUAUGUUGGUGGACUGCUUGAUGGGCAAGAGACAUCUGCCUUUGGUGGCUAUUUUAAAGGGUGCUUACAAGACUUGCAGCUCAAUGGGAGGAAGCUAGAAUUUUUCCCACUUGAUGCUUCUGUGUUUUCAUACAGGCCUGACCGCAUCGUUACCGUUACUGCAGGCUGCACCAGUGAUGACUCUUGCUCUAAAAACCCUUGCCAGAAUGGUGGCAUGUGCUUCUCUCUAUGGGACGACUUCACAUGCAGAUGCCCUCCUAGCACAGCAGGGCAGCACUGUGAGGAGGUGAGUUGGUGUGAGCUCACCCCCUGCCCACCACAAGCAACAUGCCGGACCCUCAAACAGGGCUAUGAAUGCAUUUCUAAUGUCACUUUUCAAGACAACACCACUCUUGUAUACCAUGGGAAUGGGCUGAUCUCCCGCCACCUGACAAGCAUUGUUUUCAGUAUCCGAACACGUAAACGCAAUGCGGCAGUGUUACAUGCAGAGAGUGAGUCUGACUUUGUUACGGUAUCCAUUCAAGAUGGCUUUCUGAUGCUAGAACUUCUAAGUGGACCUUCUUCAUCAUCAACUUUGACACCAGUAACCCUGCGCAGCCCAAGGCCAGUGGCCGAUGGAGAGUGGCAUGCAGUAGAGCUGUUAAUGGCCAGUCCCUGGGCUAACAGCUCCCAGUGGAUCAUGGUCCCUCUUAAUGAAAAGGACGAGCCUACUAUAUCUGACUCCAUGACCGGAAAUCUAGACUUCCUUCGAGAAGGUGUCGAUAUCCUUCUAGGAGGACUUGGCCCAGAGUCUGGAUGGAAUCUGAUUGGUUGUCUGAGUAAUGUUGAAAUCGGUGGUAUUGUGCUUCCAUAUUAUAGUCCUGCCGAGGUGAGAUUCCCACGUACACAGGAGGAGAAGUUCAAUAAGGUAUCGGAGGAACCUGUCCAAACUGGCUGUGUUGGUGAGGUGGUGUGUGAACCCAACCCCUGCUUGCACGGGGGAAUCUGUGACGAUCACUUCAACCUUUUCCAAUGCUUCUGUCUACCUGGCUGGGGCGGUGAUCGCUGCGAACUGAAUACAAACACCUGUGCCUCCAACCCCUGUCAACACGGAUACUGCAGUGUGCAGGACCUUUCAUACAGCUGCACAUGUGAGAGUGGCUACACCGGCACCAACUGCGAGGUUAAAGUGGACUUAUGUGCUGGUCACAAGUGUGCUAACGGCGGGACCUGCUUGCAUGGCUUCAACAACUAUUCCUGCCUCUGUCACGAUAGGUUUACUGGGCAAUAUUGCAACACUCCGACUGAAGAGACUCCGUGGUACGUAGUUGUCAGGAGCGUACCGCCCAAGCUCCCGGUGUCCAUCUGCGGGGAUGAACAGCAGAACUACACUUGUUUCAAUGGGGGGAACUGUUCUGACACCAACAUGAUGUGUGACUGCCUCCCCGGGUUUUCGGGUCACUGGUGCGAACUAGAUCUUGAUGAAUGUAGAUCCAACCCUUGCUUGAAUGGCGGCUACUGCCAGAACAUGGUCAACAAGUUCCAGUGUGUCUGUGAAAUGACCUUCGCCGGCGAGACCUGUGAAAUCGAUACGACGAACCUGAGGUGGACUGGGGUGACAAUGAGUAAACCGGUCUUUGGUGAAGGCUAAGAAAAGGGCUGGUGUAAUUGUUUUCUACACAGGUUUAAUAAGCUGGAAUGGUACAAAGACUCAAAAUGUUGCUUCACAGCUGGUGUAUAAGAUUGAAAUGAAUAUAUAUUUAAAUGUAAUUCAAGUAUGUAUCAAGUAAGUAAAUGUAUUUGCAAACGUGUAUUUGUUAACCUCUGUAUUAUUUGCUAGUUUGGGAAAAACUAUGUGCAAGGGCUCCAUUAUUUACUGGAUCAGGCCAGACGACAUCUCAGUGAAAUCUCUUAGUGCCUUAAGAUGACACGGUUUCAUAAACAAGACUGUCUCUAAAGCAAAAAGUUAUAUUUUGCUGUACUUUAUUCAGUCCUAGUGAGAAUCGUAAAAAUAUGUCUAAAAAUACCCUAUAUAUAUAUAUAUAAAAAUAACUACACAUUUUGGGCAUUUUUUAAUUUUGCCUGCGAAAAAUAACCGGACAAUGGUAAAUGUAAAAGCACCUUAAUUGCAGUUCUUGUUACUUUUUUAAAAUACUUUUUGUCUCACCAUUUUUGCGCUACAAAUAACUGAUUGAUUUUAAAUCCCAUUGCAUAAUUAAUCAUUCCAAUUUGAUAACUAUUGAAAGAAUCCUAGGAAAUAAAAUGUUCCGUCAACACCUAAAACCAAAGUUGAUUUAUAAUACAUAACACAUUUAGUUUCAUUUUAAAAAGCAUGCAUUUCUUAAAGCUAGACAACCUAAAAUGGCUUUUAGCAUAGAACACACAUUUCUGUUUAGGGAAUAACAACAUAACAUUUAAAGUUUCAUUUGGUAUUUAAAUACAUCAUUUUCCUUCAAUUUUCAGAACUGGUUUAUAUUCAGCAAUAUCGCACUGUUGAUAAACUCAUGGCUCUUUUGUAUCUUAAAAUCAAUAUAUUUUAAACCAAUAGUAUGUCGCACUCAACAUUUCAGUAGUCUCCAGUGUUAUGUGUUCAUCUGUCUGUUGAUGUCUGUUAGCGUUCUGACCAGAUUGUGUACAGUGUCUCUCACAUCCUGUCUUUAGAUGACUGUCUUCAAUAAAGCAUUUCUCUCCAUCCCGUCCAUCAUCA